UCGGGAGUUUAGUCUGCUCCAGCUGCCGACACCACAAUGCACCCAAAGAGAGACGGGAGGGAAGAAAUGGUGCCGGACCUGUUGAUAUCAUAGCAAUGCCUGACAGCUCUGACACGGUGGAUUAUAAAUUCAACCACUUGGAGCUGGGAAAACUUUAUUCAUCGAAGUUUGGGAGUUUUUGUGGUGCCUAAAUGCUAUCCCUGGGCAAAAUGCACUCCAGAGCAAAGUCCCGGAGUUGUGACAACUACCUGAGUAUCAAGGACACUGAGUCUUUGGACAACUGCAUCCAGGGCACUCUGUCUGCCCUGUACCGUCCCUUCAGUGCCACCGCUGCCACCGUCCUCUGGCAGCUCUUCAGCGUGGUGGAGAGGCAAUAUCGAGGGGACGGCCUCCGUUGUCUCAUUGACUUCCUGCUUCCUGCCAAGAGGAUCCUGCAGAUCAUUCAGAAAGAAACUUGUGUGAGGUUCAGAGGCCUGUUGCUUUAUCACGAAGGCUGGCCCCUGUGCAUCCACGAGAAGGUCGUCCUGCAGCUCGCCCCUCUGCACAAAGUCCGACUAAAGCAAGGAGACUUCUACUUUCAAAUCGUUCCUCUAGGCCGCAAAGCUGCCAAGUUAGUGAUAAAAUGCUUGUCGGCCAGUGGGCAGGCCAUUGCAGAAAUCCCCAUUUCAGAGAGCAUGUAUGGCAGCGUCUUCACAGCUGAGUUCUUGCAGAAUGUAACACGAGACCGCAACUUGCAGCCACUACAGAACUGUCUGCUCACUACGGGUACGGCCGUGUAUCGGACUCCGUGGAAGAACGUGGUCAACCCGCUGUUCGUCAGCAGCACGGCAGACGCAAUCAUGCAGGCGCGCUGCAGCAGGGGCGGCUUCCGCGGCCAUCUCAGCACCUGCAGCACGAGCGGCUCCACGGGGACUCUGGACAGCCACCGCAGCUCCAGAGAGUCCCUGCUCUCUCAGGGAGCCGACUCCAUCUUCUCUGAGCCCAUGUCUCCAAGCAGGAACCACAGGGACUCGGGCAGCGAGAACCAUACCGUCAACAGGGGGGAUUCUGCUUUACCCAUCUCUAAAAUCGAAACACCUGCAGAUGUCUGUGGUACAGAACAAAGCAGUGAGGACUGUGGUGGGAAAGACAGAGGACUAGGAGCAAGGAUGCUGUCUUUCAGCACGGACCUCAGUAACCCAGGGCCUCUACGCCGCAUCCCCAGAGACUCCGUAGCAUUUGAAAGCAGGAGACUGUUUCGGAAGUCUUACAUGGAGGCGCUGCAGAACCCUAUGAGCAUUGGAUCCAGCUCUGAAUCCAUACUGGAGGAAAGCCCGGAGCACGGUGGCGGCCUUAGAGAGAGGGCAGUGACGCCAGGCAGCAGCCCAGACUGCCGGACGCCUUCCAGAGAACACUUGUCCCGGAGGCUGGGGAGCCGAGGAUGGCUCGGUGGAGACGACUCCAGGCCCAGCACACCUUUGCUUUACCUGCAGCGAGGCCUGCGGAGUGCAGAGAGACGAGCUGAGCGGCGUUCCAAGUCUCUCGAAAGGACUAACAAGGCCAGCCAAGUUAAGGGCCACAGGGAGCGAUCCUCGUCCGGAGGCUCGACCAGCAUCUCCCCCAAGAAGCUCAUGAAUGGCUAUGCUCUUCGUUUUGUGAAGCUGGACGUGGAAGCCGCCUUUCCUGGUACCGAGAGGAGGAGCAGCAAGGAGGAGCCAGGUCAGCGUGACGACGGCGUCGGUGGCGAGAACAGGCGCCACAAAGGUAGCGGUGAAGAGAGUCACGGUCACAAAGCUGCUAUCGGAUCGACCAGUAGACUGACCUCAGCGUCGAGCGCUUCCUCUGACUGUCAUCCAGCUUUUCCCAAACUGGUGUCGCACGUCAAUCAAGAGCUGCUCACAUCGGGGGCCGUUAUUCUGCCAGGAAACAGAGAUCGCAGUGGGAGAGCGGUGCUGCAGGUGUGCACGAGAGCUCAGGUGUGGGCAGCCGAGGCCUGCACCGUCAGCGAGCUGACCUGUUUAUUGGGCUACUACUACUCAACUCUGCGAAAAGAAAGGCGUGAUCAAGGCCUGACUGUCGUAAUAGACAGUAGAAAGCAGCAGCCUCUUCCAGCUCUGUUGUCAUCUCUGUCUGAAUUUCAGGCUUUGGCAUCAAAUGCACUUUACUCAGUUCUGUUCCUGGUGGACAAGGAUGCAGCAGUCAAACCUGAAAGAGACCUGAAUGUACAGACCGAGACCCUGUCGUCUCUGAAGGCCCUGCUGAAGCACAUCGACCAGACGCAGCUCACACGAGACCUGGAGGGCACCUUCCAUUACGACCACAACCACUGGAUCCACUUCAGACAGAAAAUUGAACCCUUUGCCAGCAGUUGCAGUGAAGCCAUCACAUCUCUUCAAGAGUCUAUCAGCACCCUGAGCACCAGCAGCAGUCUGAAGACCGCCAAGGAGGUUUCAGAAGUUUUAGAACAGCAGCGGCGUCUCAUGAAGUGUGUUCUGGACGACACCCGUCUGAACAGACUGCGUCUGGAGGGAGGAACGAUCCUGGCUCGCAUCAGGAAGGAAGAGGCCUGCGAGAAUGAAAACUACAGGGAUGAUGUUGAGAUGUUGAACGCACUGUACAACCAGGUAGAUGAGGAAGUUCACAAGCUGGUGAUCCUUUCUAACAAGUCGCAGAAGGAGUUAGAGAGUCUGCUGGAGGUGCACAAGUUUGAGGAACAAACAGAACAGAUCAAGCUCUGGUUCAGUGUCACAGGAGAGAAGCAGUUAACAUCUUUGGAUUCACAAUCACUCUCUGCGGCCAAAAUAAAAGAGAUGAGAGAAAGUUUGAACCGUUUUCUGGAGGAGUCGGUGCUCCAGCAGCGGCACGGCCUGCAGCUGGUUAAAGAGUCUCCAGAGUCGCUUCCAGGCUCAGCUCUGCUCGACUUUAAACAACAUCUUGGAUCCAUUUUAAGCAGAGUGGAGGAGAGAAAAUCCAAAUUAGACAUCCUCACCAACCUGUAUGACUUUUAUGACUCAGCUAACCAAUGGAUGGAUCACUGUCAUGAAUAUUUCCGUCACCUGAGUUUGGACAGCACAGAUGUCCGAUUUCCCCCGUCGGUCGUGCAGAACCUGCAGGAUUACUGUGCGGAGGCCUCCAAGUUCUCUGUGGACAACUUCAGCACGCUCAAUGACAUGGUGCUCUCGCUGGAAAGUCCUCAGCAGCUGCAGCAGUGGAAUAACCUGUGGCACAAAUGUCAACAAACCAAACAGCAGCUGGAAGAGACUCUGGCUCGAGCCACGACACCACAAACUCCAGGCUCAACAGCUGUUGACUCGGCAGAGGCUUCAAAGACCGCAGAAAGUCCGGCCGUCACCCCAGAGCAGCCCGUGGCCAACGGCUGUGUGCACUUACCGGGGAUGAUCAAGCCGCUGACUUUUGACGACAGCACAAAUCACUCUGGCGGGCCUCUCCCCCGCAGCCCCUCCAGUUCAGUGUCCUACUCCUCACCCUUCACCUUCCCCGCCGACUCUGAGAUCAAGCUGAGGCACAGUCCCUCCAUGUUCGACGACACGGACAGCGACUGCACCAUCGACUCGACCGUCUCCUGCCACUCCGAGCCCAUUUACUCCGGAGCGUCGCGACUCCGCAAGCAGCCGAUGAAGAAGAUCAUGAAGAAGACCAUGAGCUUCGAGCUGACCCCGAGAGACGGCGGCCACUCGGACGUCAGCCACGUCCACGGCUACACGGGAGUCUACAUCAAGGGGCUGGAGGUGGCCAACAACGUGUCUGCAGAGAAGAAGCUGCAGAGGCCCGACGUGACCAGCCCGGCGUUGGGACGCAGCCGCAGCAUGUCGACGCCCUCCAGGACCCACAACAGGCGCAGUGAAGGAGAGGGCAAGAAGCAGAGCAGCAAAGUGCAGCACAUCAUGGACGAGAUGAUCUCCACGGAGAGGGAGUACGUGCGCUCGCUCAGCUACAUCAUCGAACACUACUUCCCCGAGAUGGAGCGCCUCGACCUGCCUCAGGACCUGCGUGGGAAGCGCAGCAUCAUUUUUGGGAAUGUGGAGAAACUGUGGGACUUCCACAGCCAGUACUUCUUAAAGGAGUUGGAGGCGUGCGCUCACUCCCCGCUGUCCAUCAGCAGCUGCUUUCUCCGACAUGAGGAUCAGUUUGGAAUGUAUGCUCUAUACAGCAAGAACAAGCCGCAGUCUGACGAUCUGCUCAGCAGCCAUGGGAAUGAAUUCUUCAAGAAUAAGCAGAUGGAACUCGGGGACAAGAUGGACUUGGCGUCGUACUUGCUGAAGCCCAUUCAGAGGAUGAGCAAAUACGCAUUGUUGCUGAAAGACCUGAUAAAGGAGUGCAGCCAGUCCCAGGAGCAGGAGCUGAGCGACCUCCGCACGGCCGAGGAGAUGGUCAAGUUUCAGCUCCGCCACGGCAACGACCUGCUGGCUAUGGACGCCAUCCGAGGCUGCGACGUGAACCUGAAAGAACAGGGUCAGCUCCGCUGCCAGGAUGAGUUCAUCGUGUGGUGCGGACGCAGGAAAUACCUGCGCCAUGUUUUCUUGUUUGAGGACCUCAUCCUCUUCAGCAAGACCAAGAAGAUCGAGGGCGGAUAUGACAUUUACAUCUAUAAACAGUCCUUCAAAACAGCAGAAAUCGGCAUGACUGAAAAUGUUGGCGACAGCGGCCUACGUUUUGAGAUCUGGUUCCGUCGGAGGAAGUCACAGGACACGUUUAUACUCCAGGCCAGCUCCGCAGAGGUCAAGGCAGUCUGGACCGCCAUCAUUGGCAAGAUCCUGUGGAGGCAGGCCCUCAGGAACAGGGAGCUGCGCAUGCAGGAGAUGGUGUCCAUGGGGAUUGGAAGCAAGCCCUUCAUGGACAUCAAGCCAAGUGACGCAGCCAUCAGUGACAGAGCAAUAGACUACAUCAUGAAGGGGACAGAGUCCCGGACCAGGGCGUCCAUCGCCGUGCCCUCAUUUGAACACUGCACCUCCUUCAAGCGGCCUCACUCCACCAUCUCCAACAGCAGCACCUCCUCGUCCAGCAGCCAGUCCUCCUCCUCCCUGCUGGGCUCCCUCAACCUCCACCUGUACUCCUCCCCAUCCCACCCACACGCACACCUGUACCCGGUGAGCAGCGUUCCCUCCUUCGCCCAGUGGCCGUACGACUGCAUCGAGGAGGACGAGCUGGAGCAUGACGCGGGGAGCCAGCCCUCCAUGAUGACGGAGAGCUCGGAGACGUCCUCCCAGUGCACCUCCAGCGACAGCGUCUCCGCCCUGAGCACGCUCACCAUCCCCGGCCACGCCAGCCUCGUCAUGGACUCCUUCAACAACAACGAGCCUCCGUCGUACCUCUGCUCCUCCACGCCGACCUCCUCCUCCAUCACGCCUCCCUCAAUGUUUCAGAAGGAGGAAGACCUCCACCCCCAGGGAACAAAGUUCAUCACAGCAAGCAAGAACUCACACAUAGCAGUCGGCCUCUCUACAGUGGUCUGACUCAGAGCUGAGUGGGUUCAGCUCACUGUGAAAUCUUCGGCUGACAACAAGAAGUCAAACGAAGAAGCUCCAGCUUUCAAGCACUAAGACUUUAAUGGCUAAAAUGUUACCAUUUCAUGACAUUUUAUUUCGAGGAUAUAAAUUGACAAAUAAUCCACCUUGUCAUGACGGUACGUCAGAGAUCUGUAUAUAUUUUAAAGAACUUAGACCCAUGUCUAUAAUGUAGAUUUAUUUUACAGCACAAAAAACAGAAAAACAAAUGGAAAAAAAGUUAUAUUGUUGUUGUUGUUUUUUUCUUGUCAACAAUUCUGUGAUUAAAGAUUUGUACAGAUGAUUAAAUUCUUUAAAACGUCA